UAGAAAUAUGUCAUACUGACCCAAAAUAGAAAAAAAAUACUACGUUUAUUUUAAAUUAUCAACGCAAAUAAACAAUAGGAACAUUAAGAUAAGCCGAUAAUUACUCAUUUUUAGUUGAUUGUAACGUAACCAAAAGCAAUGACUAACCUGUAUCCUUUCGCGGCUUUUAUGAACGUGGAAAGUUCUCGUGCUUACGUAGAUGACUUGUACUCAAUGGAUUCCGAUAAGUGUUUGGCAUCGUUAAUUUGUAUAAAAAAUUCAGUUAUUGGGUCUAAUAAGCAAAAAGAAAGUGUGAUAGAGCAGGGUAUUGUUACAAGAUUGAUACAAUUAGCUCAAGAUACAGACAUGAAAGUUGAAAUAAGAUAUGAAGCAUUGAUUAUAUUGGGAUCCCUAGCUAAAGGAACUCCUUCGCAAGUGGAAGUUUUAUUAAAAUUUGGAACUGGGCCAAUAUUAUUGGGUAUUUUGGAAGAAUCCCAUAAUCGUUUAAUAGAUCCAUCCUUAAGGUUAUUAAGAACCUUAUCUCAAUACGGUGAUCCUAGUUUUUCAUCAAACUACUCUACCAAACAAUUAGAAAAGCUUUUAAGUUACAUGAACGAAGAUUCCUCGUUAUUGAGGCAAUCUUGUGUGGCUACAAUUUUAAGUACUGCCUGUCGAUGCAUGAUGGAACAGAACAGUUUGUGUUCUGUAGGUGCCCCUCAAAUAUUAGCUUCAGUACUUGCAAUACCGAAUACGGAAAUAAGAGUUGCUGUAUUAAAAUGUCUUUCCGCCAUGUGUUUUGAAAACCGAACUGUUGCUUCUGAAGUAGCAGGUGCUACUUCUAGAUAUGGUUCCGUACAAGUUUUAAAUCUACUUACAUCUUUAGUCAGCAGGGAUAAACCUGUCGAAAUGCAACUUGAAGCAGCUAAAUGUCUUACAAAUAUUUAUCGAGCUGGUGCUAUACAAUCUUCUGAUCAAAUAAUUACUUUUCGAACAUUACCAUGUCUUGUUCGAUUAUGUUUGCCAGAUCAAAAAGAAGAUCUUAGGUCAUCGGCUGCAAAUAUACUUGCCUACUUGACUGAGGUUGAUAGUAAUUUACAACAAAUUGCUGCUAUUAGUAAUCAAUUAGUGGCUACUUUAGCUGAUUUACUUAAUUGUAAAAGCAGUGCAGCAAGAACUGCAGCUUUUAGUGCUUUUGCAUCAUUGGGAGCAAAUAAUGAAGAAAUUCGUAAACGAAUAAUCGAAACGCAACGUUUAAUGGAACGCGUAGUAGAUGGUUUAGCCGAUCAAGAUGGAGACGUCCGUUUAGCAGCAGUUCGUUGUCUUCAUUCUCUAAGUAGAUCAGUUCAUCAAUUGCGCACUACAUUUCAGGACCACUCUGUUUGGCGACCUCUAAUGAGUCUUUUAACCGGUUCCGCGUCCACAGAACUUUUAAGCGCGGCAUCAUCCGCUUUAUGCAAUCUCCUUCUUGAAUUCUCGCCAGCGAAAGAACCCAUGUUACAACAAGGGGUUAUUCAAUUUUUGGUUGAAUUAACGAAAAAACCCGAACCCGUUUUACGUUUAAACGCGGUGUGGGCGUUAAUGAAUAUGACAUUUCAAGCAGAGCAAAGGAUAAAAUCGGCUAUAUUAACAACUUUAAACACCGAUCAAAUAUUUCGGUUAUUAGCCGAUUCGGAUGUACAAGUUUUAAUGAAAACUUUAGGUUUAUUACGAAAUUUAGUAUCGCCAAGGGCGCAUACGGAUUCAAUGAUGGCGUUACAUGGAACUCAAGUUAUGCAAGCGGUUGUUUUGGUACUGGAAGGGGCGCAUUCUCCGGAAGUUAAAGAGCAGGCUCUUUGCAUUUUGGGUAAUAUAGCGGAUGGGGAGCGAGCUAAAGAUCAUAUCAUGGCGAAUGAAGAUGUUUUAAAGAAAUUAAUGGCUUAUAUGACGCAUAGCGAUAGCAGUUUACAGACAGCGGCGAUAUUUUGUAUACAAAAUUUAGUUAGGAGAGGGGAACCUGGUUAUGCUGAGCGGCAGGCGAGAUUGAGGGAUAUGGGUGUUCAUAAUAUUUUACAUCAACUAGUCACUACAGUUAGCGAUAGUGUGCUACAUACAAAAUCAUGCUACAGAAAUUUGUGUAUAGAAAUGUUAAUCAUUGAAGAGGAACUCUGAAAAGUCAACAAGAUCAAAUGAAUUUGAAAAAAAAAGCUUUUAUUUUGAAAGAUUUUAAUUUAGUAAGAGUAGAUGUGAAUUAACUUGGUAGUUUAUGUUAGUAGCUUUUACGAUUAAAAUAAAUUUAUUAAGUUAUUAAUAAUAAAAAUAUUCUCGUCGUGA